GUUUUUAUUUACGUUUUUGUCGUAGGUUGUGAGCAUGUUUUCAAAAGUUAUUCUUGAAUACUGCGUACUUGGAUCUGCAACUUUGUAUCAGAGAAAGAAGUAUAUUUAGUUUUGAAGGCGUUUUACUCUUCAAGAAAAAUUCUAGAAUGAAAGCUAAAGCUAUAGCUCCCAAGGCCUUGUCUUGUCCUCCACUAUUUGGAGCUGUCAGUUCUGUGAAAAGACGGAAAAAAAUAAUUCUCCUAGUUCCUUAUGGCACAUCCUCCAAACCAGCUACCAAUAAUUUACCAUCUAAGCUUAGCAUUUUCAAUUUCAGAAAUAAUUCCAAUAGCAUCUUACCUGUGAUAUGGAAAUCUGUGGCUGUUGCUUCUUCUUUGUUGACUAGCAUUACCUCAAAUUUUCGUAAAAAUAAGACAGAAGAUGGAGAAUCAAAUAUUAAAUCAACUGAUGAUCAGAAAUCUACUCAAGCAGUAAUAACUUCCCAUAAAUUAAAUUCUGAUGAUUUAAAUGCUACUGAUGGAAGCUUAAACACUGAAAUUAAACAUAGUCCAUUAAUACAGAAAAUUGAAGAAAAUACAGUAGAACAGUCGUUUUUUGAAUGGCUUGCUGGUGGUGAUUUAAGUACUAAAAGGAAAGAAUUUUUAGAUAAAGAUCAAAAGAAAGUUGAGAAAAGUACAAAAUCUUUUAUUUCUAAGUCAAGUCUACAGCAACGAAGCAGAUUUUUAGUCUCUUCAUUAUCUGAAGCAUCUUCAUCUGCAUCACGUUUACUCAGAUUAGAAGAAGUUUGUAAACAUCUUCUUCUUUACCCUGAACAAAAAGCCAUUAUGUGUAAGGCUGGUUUACUGAAAACUACUCUUUUACUCAAAAAUGACUCUUCAGAUAAAGCUAUACAAGAACAAGCAAAAUGUGUUCUUGCUCUUGUAGGUUAUCAUGAUCCACCUAAAGGAGAUGGUAUAAGAAUCCUCAGUAUUGAUGGAGGUGGAACAAGAGGCAUUAUGGCUAUAGAAAUUCUACGUCAGUUGGAAGCCAAAACUAACAAAAAAGUCUACGAAUUAUUUGACUUUAUAUGUGGUGUGAGUUCUGGUGCAAUUCUUAGUCUAUUGCUUGGGGGUCUUCGUGUGUCCCUUGAUGAAUGUGAAUACUUGUAUAGGAAACUCAGUGAUGAGAUUUUUUGCCGAAGUGCCAUUUGGGGGACUAGUCGCUUGAUGUGGAGUCAUGCAUAUUAUGAUACCACAGCUUGGGUAAAUGUUCUCAAGAAAACAUUUGGUGAAACUCUUAUGAUUGAUACUGCUAAAGACAAAGAUACUCCCAAACUUGCUGUUGUAUCUGCAAUAAUGAAUCUUCCUCAUCUUCAAGCCUUUGUGUUUAGAAAUUAUGAUUUCCCUCCUCGUAUUCAGUCUUAUUAUAGAGGUAGUUGCAGAUACAGAAUGUGGGAAAGUAUUAGAGCUUCAGGUGCUGCACCUGGUUAUUUUGAAGAAUAUUGUUUAGAUGACUAUCUUCACCAGGAUGGCGGUGUUCUAAUAAAUAAUCCUGCAGCUCUUGCAAUUCAUGAAGCUCAGUUAUUGUGGCCUUCAGAUUCAAUUCAGUGUGUAAUGUCUUUGGGUAGUGGGCGUUAUGUUCCAGCAGUUUCACCUAGUUUAACUUCCACAAGUUUGAAAACCAAAAUUCUGAAAAUUAUUGAUAGUGCAACUGACACUGAAGCUGUUCACAUUACAGUGAAUGACUUGCUGACUCCUGAUACUUACUUUCGUCUUAAUCCCUAUCUGACUGAAUUUUUAACUCUUGAUGAAAAUCGGAAAGAAAAAUUGGAUCAAAUGAAAGUAGAUGCUCAGAUGUAUCUGCGUAGAAAUGAAUACAAAUUCUCUUCAGCUGCACAGACACUUCUGCGGAAACGGAGUGUUUUUAAGCAUAGUAGAGACUGGCUAAGAGCUCAGAAAGCUGUCAUAUUUUGAUGUAAUGUAUUUUUAUAGAUCUGAAAUUUCAUUAAGUUAUUAUCUUCAUUACGUAUUGGCAUUCAUUAUCAUCUAAUUUGCUUUAUAAUUAGUUUUUUAGAGUAUUCAGUAAAAUUAUAGCAAAACAAUUUACUGUUAUGUUUGGAGGUUUAUUAGUAUUAAUUAUUAAAGAUUUCAAAAGUAGCAAAUAUGUGGAUGUUAAAAAUACAGUGUAUAUGGCCAAAUUGUAUUCCAAAAGUAGUAGUAAUAAUAAUAAAGUAAUAGUAAUGGAUUUUACUGAAAAAAUUGUAUGGGAAAUAUGUUGUGAAAUUUCAGUUGCUUUAUAAAGAGAUCAUGAAAGUUCAUUUACUUGCAUGAUCUCCAUACAAGAACUGCAUUUUUUUUUUUUUUUUUUAGUUCCAAGUCUUUAUUAGAAUUUGUGGUCUUGUUAGGUUUGUUGGAGUGAUAUAUUGUUUCAUAUCACAUGAAAUACUUUUUACUUUUAUACUGUCAUUUUUUAAUAGAAUUUCAAGUAAUAAAUUCCAAUGUGAUAUGUUUUGAAUUAAUGGGAGCCGAAGAUAUCCAUAUUAUUUUACAAUCUGUAAUUGGUAUAGAAAACAAUUCAAAGAGCUGUCCAUAUGAGCAAACCUUGGUGCAAAUUUUAGAAUGACACAACAUUUUGAUUGUUUACCAUAUGAGAUUUUUUAAUUAUAAACCAUUACAUUUGGAUUAAGUAAAAAGAUUUUGACGAGUAUUUGCGAGAUGUCUUUUGAAAAACAUAUAUCUUUUUUUUCUAAGUUUCUUUGUUUAUAAAAGUCUGCCAAAAAAAGUUAUUCCAGAAAUAGAAUUUGUCAGAGUUAAACAUCAUAGAUGUGAUGUAAGAAUUUAAAAAAAGAAGGAAAACAGUUUUAUUUUUGCGUCGAUAUAAUUAAUUUCAGAAAUAAUAAGUAAAUGGAAAGUUUAUUUUUGAAUGCAUUUAACUGUAAUACCUUGUAUAUACCUGUGGAUGUAAAAGCUAAAAUUUUGAUAGUUUAAGAUGCUAAUUUUAAUUCAAGUUUUCCUAAUUGUUUUUAAUAUCUGAUGAGAAUAUUGUUUGUUUAACGGGGGGGGGGAGGUAUGCAUUUCUUGUACAUAAGAUUUCUAAUUCUGAAGUGUUUUUAUACAUUUCUUUUACCAAAAAGUAUUUCAUAAUUGAUAGAUUCAAAUGUGAAACAAAACCAAAUAAUUAGUUUUUGUUGUUGCUUCCAAAUAUAUAUUAUUGUUUAUUUCUUGAAUAUUUAGAUAUUUGAUGACUGUGAUAAUUUUGUUAUAAAAGGAUUUGUAAGCAAUGCAGUUGACCAUGUCUUUGAAGAUUUUUUUUUAGCUGUAUUGCAAGUUUUUUCAAUUUACUACUGGAUCUCUGUUAUUGAAACAUUUAUUAUUUAAAAUAAUUCUUUUUUCAAAUCUAGAUACUUGUAAAAUUGCAUUUGCAUUAUUUUUAAAUUAAAAAAAAAUGUUAGUAUCUUCCAUGCCAAAGAAAAAAUAUUUUAUUGUUCUAUAAAAACAAAUGAUGGUUGAAAAUGUACUUAUACAAAUGCAUGCUUAUAUUUUAGCCUUCACUAAUAUUCAGAAUAAUUUGUAAAUAGUUCAGACUUUUCGCAUAUCUU